UGRACUUGUGACUGGUCCAGGGUGUCCCCCAUUGAAUACAAACUAAUCUUCACUCCUUCCUGCAGAGUUUGAAGCAUCAUAUGGGGUCAGGCGGUCUGGGAACAUUUAAAGCUCCACCCCAGAUGAGGCUGCUCUCCUCCCUCUGACUCCACAUCUCCUCCAGUGUGGAGCUGCUGAGCAGGGGACAUGUCGGAGCUGAGCUGUCCUCCACAGACCGAGGGACGGGACGGAUGAUGCGCAUUGCGCUGAGGGAAACAAGGAGCUGUGAGCAGAAGAGAUGGGCGCCGCUCCUGGACCUCCAGCCCCGCAGCGGCUCCUGCCCGGACUGGCGCUGAUCCUGCGGCUGUGCGCAGCCUUCAACCUGGACGCGGACACGCGYGUGGUUUUCACGGGACCGCGCGGGAGUUAUUUCGGUUACUCGGUGGAGUUCUUCGGGAAGUCCAACAGUAUCAGUAUUUUGAUCGGUGCUCCUAAAUCCAACACCAGCCAGCUGAACGUCACAGAAGGAGGAGCGGUCUACUUGUGUCCCUGGAGCCAAAGUAACUGCAGCAUCAUCAACUUCGACAAACAAGGUGAUCGAUAUUUUUACAUCAAUGAUGUGAACACUCAAGUUGAGUUCAAAUCCCACCAGUGGUUUGGAGCUACUGUGCGUUCCCAUGGCAACAGCAUCUUGGCUUGUGCGCCCAGGUAUUACUGGAGGACAGAACACGAGAUCCCCUUUUCUGAUGUCACAGGAACCUGUUAUCUUUCUGUUGACAGCCUCAAAACCUUUGUGGAGUUUGCCCCGUGCCGAACAGAACGACAUGGACCUGCUGGACAGGGCUAUUGUCAGGGUGGAUUCAGCAUUGACUUCACCAAGGAUGGGAGAGUUGUCCUCGGUGGACCUGGCAGCUUCUACUGGCAAGGUCAGCUGAUUUCAGCAGCCACAGAGGAGAUUGUUAAAGCCUACUAUCCCUCCUACUUCCUGCUGUCAGUCACUGGGCAGAUUCAGACACAGCAGGUGCAGGGGAGCUAUGAUGACAGUUAUCUGGGUUAUUCUGUGAGCACCGGGGAAUUCAGCGGGGACGGGCAGGAAGAUUUCAUCACAGGAGUUCCUAAAGGACUCAUGCUGCAUGGUUUAGUGACCGUUCUGAGUGGGAGGGAUCUGAAGUCUGUGUUGAACCUGACGGGGGAGCAGAUGGGAUCUUACUUUGGCUACUCAGUGGUGGUCACUGACAUCAACAACGAUGGUUUGGAUGACGUUGCUGUGGGAGCUCCGAUGUUUCUUAGUCGUGGGUCUGACGGGCGUCUGGAGGAGCUGGGUAAGGUGUAUGUGUACCUGCAGAGGGGCCCUUUGCAGCUUGAGCCCAGCCAGGACCACCUCCUCGGCUCACAGGCUUUCGGACGAUUCGGCACCUCUCUGGCUCCGCUGGGAGAUCUGGACCAGGAUGGAUUCAAAGACAUGGCUGUUGGCUGUCCCUACGGAGGAGGAGACCAGCAGGGUUUGGUCUUCAUCUAUAACGGUCAUGCAGGAGGACUGAACCACGCACCCACCCAGACACUUUCCGGCCAAUGGGCUGUGAGCUCUUUUCCUUCUGGUUUUGGCUUUGCCAUGAGGGGGGACAAAGAUCUGGACCAGAACGGGUACCCAGAUCUGAUUGUUGGUGCUUUUGGGUCAGAUAAGGCUGCACUGUACAGGGCUCGACCAAUAGUGAAUGCCAGCGCGUCUCUGACUGUGCAGCCAGCCAUGUUUAACCAGGAGGAGAAAACAUGUUUUCUCAUCAAAGGGAAUGAAACCAUUUCCGUGUCUUGGCUGAAGAAGAGUUUCGGGAUAAACUCUCACCCAUCUACAUUAGCUUGAACUUCAGUCUGGACCCUCAGGCCCCACCAGACCAACAUGGCCUCCGCCCCAUCCUGAGCCACCARACAGAACAACGUGUGCAGCAGAAGGCCCAGAUUCAGCUGGACUGUGGAGAGGACAACGUCUGCGUUCCUGAUCUGAAACUGGAGGUUUAUGGUGACAGAGCUGAGGUUUACCUGGGCGAUGAGAACACCCUGAGCUUGACCUUUAAUGCCAGGAACGAGGGAGAGGGCGGAGCUUAUGAGGCUGAGCUCUACGUGGCGCUGCCCCCUGAGGCUGACUACAGUGGGAUAGCUCGCAGCAACAUGAGCUUGACUCAGCUAACGUGCAGCUAUGAAGCCGAUAAUCAGACCCGCUAUGUUCUGUGUGAUCUGGGAAACCCCUUAAAGCCCAGUACCAGCGUAUGGGCUGGCCUUCGGUUCACCGUACCAAGACUGGAGGAUUCUCAGAGUUCUGUCCAGUUUGAGCUCCAAAUCCAGAGUAAAAAUGCUAAUAACUCAGAGAGUGAAGUGGUGCUGUAUGAGCUGGAGGUGGCUGCCAUGGCUGAUGUCAUCCUGCAGGGUGUUUCUCGGCCCAAUGAAAUCAUCUUCCCUCCACCCAACUUUACGGUUCAUCAGAGUCUGRCAGAGGAACAAGAUGUUGGUCCAGAGCUUCAGCAGGUUUUUGAGCUAGUGAAUAAUGGUCCCAGUUCAGUGAGCCAGUCAACACUACAAGUCAAAUGUCCCCUGAGGGCCCACAGCCACAGUCUGCUUUACCCUGUGGAAAUGGUGGCUGAGGGUCCGCUCAGCUGCUCGUCCAGAACACGCUUCAAUGCACUCAGACUCAGGCUGCAGCCUCCAGAAACAAAGGCUCCUGCRUCAUUAAAGUCCAGAUCUGAGCAUCACAUGUGGAGGAGGGAGGAACACCAACAGCCUCUGACUGGACAAGGAAACCUGACGUGCAGUGCUGUGGAAUGCUGGGAGCUGCAGUGUAACGUGGGUCUGCUGCAGAGAGGAGGCAGCGUCAUCCUGAGUGUACGCUCCAGACUGUGGGCUGAAACCUUCAUCACACGGCCCUAUGAGCGCUACAUCCUGGARUGUUUGGUUCACUACAAGGUGAACAGAAUGCCAUACACUAUUCCUCCUAAAUUCAAGCCAUCUGGAUCAACAAAGGUGGUGGUCGCUGUGACCUGGAGUAAACCAGAUGGUCCAUCCUCAGUUCCAGUGUGGAUCAUCAUCCUGGCUGUUCUAGCUGGGCUGCUUUUACUGGCUCUGCUUAUAUAUCUGUUGUAUAAGAUGGGCUUCUUUAAAAGGUCUGAUCCAUACGGUACCACCAUGGAGAAGGCGCAGCUCAAACCACAGGCGUCCUCUGAAGCUUAGCUCCAACACUGGGUUUCUCCUCCUUGCAGCUUUUCCAAAGAACUGGAAUUUUUCCCAAAAAYGGGAUGGAUGUCACUGAUCGUAUGCAGGCACUCCACUUGUGCAGGGACAGUUCUGGGUGCUGUAUCACUGGAAGAACUCUGAUCUGGUGCUGCACUACAAUGCCAAAGCAGAGAAGACRACAGGGACCAUGCAGUUGAAUAUGCACUGCUGUUAUGGACACUCACAGCUUCUGCAGAGGUUAUUUAGUCUUGAAUAAAAAAAAAUCCAAAAAGAGAGAACCACAUUCAACCACAAGCUUCUGCACAACCCUGUCUCUGACACCAGGAAGAGUUGUGUAAUCAUUUAUCCGUACGUUGGUUUACCCAAUAACUGCUCUGCCUCACCUGUGUUGUGGCCACACAGUAACAGGAUGACAUCACCAAACUGACCAUGCUCUCAUGCCUUCACUCCUGAUUGGGUCAAAGCUGAACACACUCACAGCAAAUAACUUUAUUAACAGACAAAUGAAAUGAAAAUAAUCGUUGAACAGUUCAGACCAAGAACAUCAACUGCACCUGGAGCAAAGAACACUACAUCUACAGCACUGCUUUAGUUCACAAACUUGUAUUUUUAGCCAUAUUUGUGAUCCCUGCCCUUUAAUUCUUGACUGUUAAUUCAUGAUCUGUACACCACUUCUUAUUUAUGAGUACAGUGUUUCUGUUGGUUGUUUAAUGUUGUGUUUUGUCCUGAUGAGAAUGAAAUGUUUGACUUGAAUCUUUCAUCUCCCAUAUUGGGAGGUUAAUGCCUGUGUGAUGCAAUGUAUACACUGUUUUAUGACCUAUUGUUGCUCUGGCUCAAAAUAAAACUUGAUUUUUUUAUACCCAUUUAA